AUGUCAACGCGGGUCACUCAGGCUGAGCUGAGGACGCUCGAGCGGGCGUUCAAGGAUCUGCACUUCGACUGCAACGUCACGUGGGUGAGCCUCAGUGAGGCGUACUCGAUCACCCGCAUCUCGGACAACAGGGUCACUCUCGCUAGCGUUCUGGAUGAGUUCUUUGGAGGUAUCUACCGCGCCCACGGCACGGAUGUGAAGAGAGUUUCGGACGAGCGCUUCGCGGAGUACGAGGGUAGGCCGUUCAGCGUGUGUUUUGCCGACCUCCUUGAGGUCGUGUGCGAGAAUGAAGACACGCGAGCGGCGUACAAUACCCAGGUAUCGAACGUGACCUGGGAACCGCAGUCGGCAAAGCCACGUCGAGAUGCAUUUGUUCGUCUCCACAUGUGCUACACGAACACGUGCGGUCGUCGCCCCCAGUAUGCCCUCGAGAAGAUAUGGGCCCAUGUGUUGCAGUGUGACUCGGCAGUCAAAUCGGCCAUCGAGGUGUACAAACCGGGUAUGUCUGACCCCCUAGAGGUAGUCUAUUUGACGCCCGUGGACGACGACGAUCCGAUCAUUUACCCCCCGCCAGAAAGAAGUCAAGGUCUUUUCAGCGACGACUACGACUGGAUCCCGGAUGGCAUUUGUGGGAUGUAUCUCAUUGAUGGAGGCACUACUGGGAACUAUCUUAUCGAUGAACCUGGGAUGUUCUGCGUUGAGAAGCUGGGAAUGUCAGAUGAGUUUUGGCCACACGACAGAAACGAUAAGGCUUUUGUCGAGGCAGCAGAGAAAGAAUUUCGGCAACGGAUGGGUAAACUCAACCUCGGCUGGAUCUACUCGGAUGCGACCGAUCACGACAAGAAAGAGUUGAUCCGGUGCGUUCCUCAGCAACUUCUCACCGCCUUCCUCUUCGACCAUCUCGGCCAAGGCCUCUUUCGCUGCAAGCUCUGUGACCAAGAUCGCAAGCAGAUGCCCGGAUCCGGGUACUCCAACCUUCUGGCGCACCUGGCUGGUAAACACGAGGGGUUUGAGGCCCAGUAUUCCUUCUUCGAGAGCAGCUCCAUCCGGUCCCUCCAAGCCUUUGGAAGCGUUCAAGUACCAGUCGUACUCGUCAGCCAGCCCGCCGGCCAACAUUGGCGGAAAUAG